AAACAGAGCCGAAGAAGAAGAAGAAGGUCAAUAAAGACGAGGGACCUUAACUGAUUGCUAACGGUUAACUUGUCCAGGGGAGGGCGGUGAUGUUUUGGUGUGUUUGUCUGAUUAAAUUCAGCCUCCUGGCGGUCAUACAGCGCCACUGAGCGUCCGUGUAGCUGAAGCUAACCGCGGCUAACUUAAAGCAAACUGUCCCGUUUUGUUUUCUGCUCGCAUUCCCCUGCAGAGGAGCACCUGAGCUUCGGCAAGGUGAACUUUGACACAGUGAAGCGGUGACCUGACAGCGCAUUAGUUAUCUCUGCAAAUCAUUGUAAACUGCAAAGCUGCAAGAUGAGCUCCAGGAAAGUGGUCGAGCUGUUCUACGACGUGGUUUCUCCCUAUUCGUGGCUGAGCUUCGAGGUGAUGUGUCGCUACAGGAAUGUGUGGAACAUUGAUCUGAAGCUGCGUCCUGCGUUUCUCAGUGGCGUCAUGGCGGGAUCAGGAAACAAGCCUCCUGGCUUCGUUUUCAACAAAAUGCAGUACAUGAAGGACGACAUAAGGCGCCUGGCAGAAUACUUCAACGUCCCGCUACAGCAGCCAUCCGACCCGGCAGAGGUCAUGUUUAAUAAAGGUUCGUUGACUGCGAUGCGAUUCGUCGCUGCCGUUCACGAGAAAGGUGGAGACAAAAAGACGGAGAAAGUUUCCCGCGAGCUGUGGAGACGAGUCUGGAGCGAAGACAAAGACAUCACUGAGCCGGCGUCUCUGUCAGAGGCGGCGGUGAAAGCAGGACUGACUGACGUAGAGAUUAAAGAAGCGCUGGCGAUGUGCACUACCAAGGAGAUCAAGGAGAAGCUCAAGUCCUGCACAGAGGAAGCUCUGAAGCAUGGGGCGUUCGGUUUCCCCAUGAUGAUUUGUCACGUGGAUGGAAAGCCGGAGAUGUUCUUCGGAUCGGACCGGUUUGAGCUCAUGGCCCACUGUAUCGGAGAGAAGUGGUUCGGGCCAAACCCAGACAAAGCUAAACUGUGAGAUGAAGCGUCGAUCUGCUCACAGAUUCUCACCUUUGAUUGUCUAGAACAAAAAAAAAAAAACAACCAUCAGCUCUUCUCUGCCGUGCCUUCAGAAACAAAACAUUUCCUGUUGAAGUUAACGAAUCGGCUUCAGGUAGUUCAGCAGAUGAACUCUUUCUGCUUUUGUUCUAAAUGCAGUUUAAGGGGAAAUCUGAACUGCUGGUUAACUUUUGCUGCAACUAAUGACUGUUUUCUGUAAAAAUCGAUUAUUUGGUCGAUAAAAUAUCAGAAUGUUGGAAAAUGUUUGUUGUCAACCAGAAAAUAUUCACAUUUAAGAAGCUGUAAUUGUUAAAAACUUAAUUAAAAAUGUUUGACUGUC